AUGCCUCGCGCUAAACUAUUAAGCCACAGCAGGAAGAACUGGCUCGGCUGGGCCUCGAAUACCAUUUGCGAUGGCCACCCAACAAAUCGACUGAGAGAGUCCACUCCACCAAAUGUCCGUGCGCACGGGACCUUCUUCUCAUCUCCCAAGUGCUACUUCUUGUUCUCUACAAGUUAUCCUUAUCCAACUUUUGUUUACCGGUGGUCCCCCAAUCUUGCUCCCUCGUUCAAGAGACGGGACGGUAUCCAGAAAAUCGAAUCUAGCUGCUUCCUCGGGAUUCAGUUGUGCGGAGUGGCUGUUGAAUCUGGUAUCACAGCUCCGGUGACGGGAAUGACGACACCCGACAAUAAUAAUAGUAAAGACCUGCGUGUCUCGUCUUUCUUCUCAUCCUCACUCCCAGUAUCAGAUACUGAAAAAGACCGACAUCCUAGGGCCAAGCGUCUGGCCAGCCGAAGACCCAGUGGUUCCAUCCUUGUCCCCCGCGAUCACCCAGAAAUCGAGAUUCAGGAGGAGGAAUUUCCUCCAGAUGAUGCUCGGGCAAUGAGCCCGAGAAGAAAUCCCGCUGACGUGGAGAGGCUAUGCAGAGAGAUUCAAGAAGCUAUUCAACAGCCUUGGCGGAACGCAUCGAUGAGGUCAAGUCAGAGCAUGACAAACUUGAAAACGAGAAUCGACUUCUACAAGGAUACAUUGGAGGCCUCACCCGAGCCAUGUCGCUAA